AAUGGCUGCUUUCGGACACACAUUCCCCUUCUAUGCUGGCCCCAAGCCAACCUUCCCAAUGGACACCACCUUGGCCAUCAUCAUCACCAUCUUUCUGAUUGCACUGGUCACCUUCAUCAUCAUCCUGCCUGGCAUUCGGGGCAAAAUGAGGCUGUUCUGGCUGCUGCGGGUGGUGACCAGCUUAUUCAUCGGGGCUGUGAUCCUGGCAGUGAAUUUCAGUUCUGAGUGGUCUGUGGGCCGGGUCAGCACCAAUACAUCAUAUAAGGCCUUCAGUUCCGAGUGGAUCAGCGCCGAUGUUGGAUUGCAGGUCGGGCUAGGAGGAGUCAACAUCACGCUCACAGGGACCCCUGUGCAACAGCUAAAUGAGACCAUCAAUUACAACGAGGAGUUCACCUGGCUCCUGAGCGAGAACUAUGCUGAGGAGUAUGCAAAGGCACUGGAAAAGGGGCUGCCGAACCCUGUGCUCUACCUGGCUGAGAAGUUCACCCCCAGAAGCCCAUGUGGCCUGCACCGCCAGUACCGCCUGGCAGGACACUACACCUCAGCCACAAUAUGGGUGGCAUUCCUCUGCUGGCUGCUGGCCAAUGUGAUGCUGUCCAUGCCCGUGCUAGUCUACGGUGGCCACAUGCUGCUGGCCACAGGCAUCUUCCAGCUGUUAGCAUUGAUCUUCUUCUCCACGACCACAUCACUUACCCCACCCUGCGCCCUGCACCUGGGCACUGCUGUGCUGCACAUUCACCAUGGGCCUGCCUUCUGGAUCACACUGACCACAGGACUGCUGUGUGUGCUGCUGGGUCUGUCUGUGGCGGUGGCCCACAGGAUGCAGCCCCACAGGCUGAAGGCUUUCUUCAACCUGAGUUCAGAUGCAAACCCCAUGCUGGAGUGGAGUCCUGAGGAAGGGGGACUCCUGAGCCCUCGCUACCGGUCUAUGACUGAGAGUCCCGAGCCCCGGGACAUUCCUCUGUCAGAGGCUUCCUCCGAGGCAUGCCGUAAGGAGGGGCACCACAGAGAACCUGUCUGUGCCCUGUAA